CUCAGUUCGAUGGAACUAAAAGGAUAAGGAGGAAUAACUCGAUAGAUGGUACUAUAUUGAUUGUUUCCCUGGCUGUUAUUUCUAGAUGGCUCCGAUAGGUGGCAGCGCCUGCUCUGUUCAUAGACAAGGAGCGCAAUAGCGUGCAACAAAGAUAGAAAUAGCGGUUAUUUCCACCCUAUAUGGCGCUACCGUUUUAGUGAUCAUGUGUGGAAUGUAGCAUGUAAUUUGUUUGUAAAGUUAUGAAUACAAGAGCUGAUUAAUAUAAACUGUACAUCUUCAUUUCAUACAAAGAAUAUCAUCAGCAAUCAAUCGUUUAUCAUCUAGUCAGAUAUUAACAGCGCCAACAGCUUCGCAUCCUAACCUCUUUUAGAAUUCUAAUAACAUCUCGUUAAACGAUAUUGUUAUUUGUAAAUACUUUUAAAUAUGACGUCGAUCUUGAAAACGUUCAACGGAUAUCAACUGUUCAGUAAACACUUAAAGCAAAGCGAUAUAAUGAAGACCUUACCCGAGAAAAUAAAGAAUUCCUCUCAGAAGUUGCAUCACUCAACAAAGGAUUACACGACAUGUCUAAAUCUCCGUUAAAUACAGAACUUAUUCAUCCAGCAACAUGGACUCAAAGAUCAAAACGCACUGGUUUAAUUGGAAAAAAAAUAGGGGUAUAUCCAUUGUGGUUGAAAAAUGGAAAAAAAGUACUGACCACCCUAAUACAGAUUAUAGACAAUGAAGUUGUAAAAUAUGUGCCACCAAAAGAAUUCAAUCCAGUUAAACAUUCUAAACAUCUUCAUCCUAAAGUAAAAAAUGGUUGUUUGGUAUUAGGUGCAGUAAAUAUUGAUCCACAACUAAUUACUAAAGAAUAUCAUGGAAUAUUUAAUUCAGCUGGAGUUACACCGAAAAAGACAUUAAUGAGGUUUGUAAUUACACCGAAUGCUGCUCUUCAGUCAGGAACUCCUUUAUGUGCAGCUCAUUUUAAACCAGGAGAAUUUAUUGAUAUUCGAGGAAAAACGAUAGAUCGUGGUUUUCAAGGUGUCAUGAAAAGGUGGGGCUUUAAGGGUAUGCCUGCGUCUCAUGGUAUAACUAAAACCCAUAGAAGGCCAGGUAAUAUAGGUUCAGGAGGAAAAAUGGCUAGGGUAAUGCCAGGUACUAAACUGCCUGGACACAUGGGAAAUCGUUGGCGUAUUAUCAAAGGUGUAAAGAUACUACGAAUAAACACUAAAUAUAAUGUAAUUUGGGUAUUAGCUCAAAACGUACCAGGAGAGGUAAAUACCAUGUGUUAUUUGUACGAUACGAUUUUACCCACUAAAAAAAAUACUUCGCCACAUUUCCCUACAUAUCCACCAAAUGACAUAAAUGCACUUCCUGAAGAACUUUACGCGGAUGACGUUCACCCAUUUACUGAGCCCAAUAUUGAAUAUCAAUCAGAACAAGAAUCGUAAUUGUAAUAACGUAGCAAAUAAAACAAAUUCCUAAUAAGAGAACACGUUUUAUGAAAAUAUAAAUCUCUGAAUUUUUUGGUAACCUGUUUACUCACGCGGUCAAAAGUUCAGGCAAAAAUAUUGCCACAUUUAUUGUUUAUACUUUUUCCCUUACAGAAAUAAGUCAUAG